CGGCCGUCCAUGGAUCGCCGCACGUCACGUGCCACUCCGCGGGGGUGUCGGUCCACCCCAUCGCCGCCAAGCACCGUGCCCUAGGUAUGUCGAUGCCUCGUCAUCUGGCACCCUGAACACGUGUUUUCCCUCGACAUGCUGUGGACGCUGCCGGCCGCUGUGCGCUCGUUGCUCGUCUCCAGUGCUCGCGUCCACGCCCGCUGCAGCUCUGCCGCCGCCGUCACGCAUGCACCCCUGCGCAUCCUGUUCUGCGGCUCCGACGAGUUCAGCGUAAAGAGCUUGCUGGCCCUUGACAAGGCGAGGCAGGACACGCCCGGCCUCAUCGACGAGAUCCAUGUAGCUCACCGCCCAGCCAAGGCGACGGGCAGGGGACUGAAGGUUCUACGCGAAGUCCCCCUCAGCAAAACUGCAGCCGCCCUGUCCCUGCCCACCCACGUCUUCGACACCUUCACCGGCUUCACGCCCCCCUUCUCCUACAACCUCGUCAUCGCCGUGUCCUUUGGCCUGCUCGUGCCCCCGCGAAUCCUGAACCUAGCACACUACGGCGGCCUGAACGUCCACCCCUCUCUGCUGCCCGACCUGCGCGGCUCCGCGCCCAUCCAGCACGCCCUCCUGAAGCGGAGACCCUACACGGGCGUCUCUGUACAGACCCUGCACCCGGCCCGCUUCGACGAGGGCGUCGUGCUCGCGCAGACGGCUGCUCCUGGGAUAGAGAUUGGGCCCCGUGAGACGACGGCCGAGCUGACUGAGAGACUGGCCGAUGCCGGCGCUGCUAUGCUGGUCCGUGUGUUGAGAGAGAGGCGGUUUGAGACGUGCCAGGCUCCUGCUACGCAAGGCCGAGACAUGCACGAACAACCAUCUAGCCUUGCCGCCAAGUACAACGAACCUACCGCGUGGUACACUUCAUCCCACGGACCCCGUGACUACGCCCCGAAGAUCACAAAGCAGGACCGCUGCAUCGACUUCGCCACCAUGGACAUGCAGCACAUCCUCGCUGUCCAGCGCGCCCUGGGCGACAAGUCGUGUCUCCUGCCGAACGGGGAGCGGCUGCUCGUGCACGACGUCGUCGACACGGGGGUCGUGUGUAAGCAUCUGCCGCCUGGCCUUGCGCUCGACGACACGGUGGGUGGGAAGCUGAUGUUCCGCGCCGCCUGUGGAAGCGUGGGCAUCGUCAAGUCCAGCACGUAUCCUGGCGGCGCGAGGGGGAAGGGGAACAGCAAGGUGGCCAAGAUUCUGAGGGACGCCGCGAUUGCACGAGGGCGAUGAGCCGUGUACAUUUUACCAACCUGUCUUUAUACAGAUCCUGCUUCAAGAGUCUUCAACACAGAUCCUGCUUCAAGAGUCUUCAACACAGAUCCUGCUUCAAGAGUCUUCAACACAAGAUCCAUCUAAACUACACCUACAACUACAACUCAGCCA